AUGACGUGUCGGAACGGCGGCUCCUUUGUAAGACUGCUGACCGCAGGCCCCGUGUUUACUGUUGCCGGCAGGCACGUGAGCCUGGUGCCCGCGGCGGCCAGGCAGGGGGCGCCGGACACCAUCAGGCAGGCAGCGGACCAGCCGCCGCCCAGACUCAUCAAGAGCCACCUGCCGCCGGCGCUCCUGCCCAGGCAGCUGUGGACCGUCAAGCCCAAGAUCAUAUACGUCGCCAGAAGUCCGAAAGACGCCGCCACCUCGUUCUACUACCACAACUGCCUCAUCCACGGACUCAAACUCUCGCUGGACGAGUUCCUCGAGUGUUUCCUCGCCGACUCUGUUCAAUUCACUCCCUACUGGACAAGCGUCCUGGAAUUUUGGAAACUGCGGAAUGAGCCGAAUAUCCUGUGGAACACCUAUGAAGAAAUGAAACAGGACCUGGGCGCCGUGAUCCGGAAGACGGCCGCCUUCUUGGACAAGGAGGUGACGGAGGAGCAGGUGCGGCAGCUGGAGCAGCACCUGAGCUUCAGCAGCAUGAGGGACAACCCGGCCACCAACUACGGCGGCGUCGUCGAGGCGUCGCGGCAGCGGCUGCGGCUGCCGCCGGCGCCGGCCGGCCUCAGCUUCAUGCGCGAGGGGCGGGUGGGCGCCUCCAGGAGGCGCAUGUCGCCGGAGAUGGACCGCCGCUUCGACCAGUGGAUCCGCGACCACGUGCGCGGCACCGGCUACUCGGGGCCCCUCUGAGUCCCAGGGCACCGCAGCCACUCUGGUCCUCCAGUGGGGGCAAUGCGUGUAAAAUAUCCUCGGUAUUCUUGGUGCAUCGGAUUACAUUAAGAACUCGACUUUUAGUUACUAACCUACUCAGUCCCAGUAUGGAACAAAAGACAGUCACCAUGCCGACAGAUGUGGUGUCGAUGUGUGGAAUGUUGGUGGUCCCCUGAUGGAACAUAAACAACUCGGUCAACUUUCGAAUGUCCAUUAUAAUUGUCCCGGCUGUUAUGCCGUGGUCGGUUGAUGAAUUCUGUGUCAAUUCCCAACUUUCGAAUGUCGAGACACCGCUUGUGUGCACCGCCGAGUCUCUGGUCACAGUGGCUACCACAUGGGGGGCAUUUUCAA